CUUGAACCCUCCUUGGGUAUCAAGGAAGCCUAAUCUUUCAAAAUAAAUAUCAGAAUUAAACUUGAACAAGUUCAAUAAAAUAACUUUGCAGACUCUUAAAUAGACUUGGGUAAACUCGUUUCUUUCUCUUCAGUUCGAUGGAUCGUCAUUCCCAUACCUAUCGUCAUUCCUAUCCCUAUCUAAUUGAUUCGGGAACGCCGUUAACGUAUGACCCAAUAUAUAAAGACAAAAAACAUCCUUCUGUAACAGUAACAAAGAAGAGAAGUGUUGAUGAUCUGGAAGAAGCCGAUUUACGAGGAAAACGAGUACUAGUGAGGGUUGAGUUAAAUGAUUCUUCUGAAAUUCCGGCCACUGCUCCUACUAUUCAGUACUUGAUAAAUCAUCGAGCUAGAGUUAUUCUCUGCGGGCAUCUUGGUGGACAUGGAGAUGAAGUAACCCCCUCUAGCUUGAGGGAUGUUACACCUGUACUAUCUCAGGUCAUAGGAACCACGGUUGUUAUGGCCAGUGGUUGUAUUGGGGAGGAAGUUGAAGAAAUGGUUGCUGCACUCCAAGAUGGAGAUAUUGUACUGCUUGAGAAUGUCAGAAUGUACAAAGAGGAAGUGGAGAAUGGCCACUGUUUUGCGGAGAAGUUAGCUUCUCUUGCUGACCUCUAUGUCAAUGACGCAUUUCAAACCACUAGCUUAGCUCAUACUUCCACCCUGGGAGUUACUAAAUUCUUAAGGCCUGCUGUGGCUGGACUCACUAUGAAGAAGGAACUGGACUAUCUUGUUGGAGUUGCCUCACAUCCUAGCAGGCCAUUUGCCGCCAUUGUUGGUGGUUCAAAGCUCUCAUCCAAGUGGGAACUUAUUGAGGCUUUGUUGGAUAAAGUUGAUAUCCUCCUUUUAGGUGGAGAAAUGAUCUUCACAUUUUACAAGGCCCAAGGCUGCAGUGUUGGGUCAUCCCUCGUUGAGGAACACAUGUUUGAUCUUGCAAUGUCAAUCUUGAAGAAGGCCAAGGACAAGAAAGUUGAACUUAUCAUCCCAAAUGAUGUUUUGAUUAGUCGAUUAAAUACCCGUGACACAGAGAUCAAGCAAGUAUCAGUACAUUCUAUCCCAAAUGGCUGGAGGGGUGUGGACAUCGGUUCCUGUACCAUCUAUAUGUAUGCGUGUCACCUCGCCGUUGCGAAGACUAUCUUAUGGAUUGGAGCCAUGGGAGCAUCAAAUAUCUCUAUUGGGACAGAGGCAGUUGCUAAGCUCUUGGCCGAGCUUAGCGACAAGGGAGCAACAACAGUUGUUGCUGAAGGUGUGUCGAUAGCUUCUUUGGAGAGGCUAGGAGUGGCUGAUAAAAUGUCUCACAUCUCAAGAGGAGGUGUAACUACUACGGCCCUGCUUCAAGGGAGUUCACUACCUUCGCUUCUUGCUUUAGACGAUGCUGUCUAA